UUCAAUCUGUCAAAAAUUUUACACGAGGUUAGGGCUCUUUUAGUUUCAUUAAAAAACAUUCUUACUACAUUAUGUUAUAUGUUUUUAUAUUACUCUUUCGAUGAAUUUGAAAUGCAAAAGAGUGUCAGUUUAGAAAAGAUAAACGGCACUGACGAUAUUUCAAAUGCAAAGAGGAAGAGUACUAGAUGUAAUUUUCAAAAAAGUGGUAGCGAAAUAAGGCGAAGACAUAAGCACUUUAGACAAGUUCACGAACAUUAUCAAAUAAUUAUAAGACCAAAGAUUCAUAGAAGCAAUUCUUUAUCCGAUUUAACCAAAACGAGUGAUUAUUCUUUCGAUUAUUUUAAUAAUAAAAACAGCUGUCUGUACCCAACGGACUAUAUAGACUACGAUUGUUCGGGCGACACAUUGGAGAGAUAUUCUAGAUGUUUGAUUGAGACACCGCACAUGUCUUGGAAUUUUAGAGGGAAGAAAAUGAAAAGAAAAAUCGACAUGAAUCCGGAAUUGUAUGCAUCACGAUUGGAUUACACUUAUGGAGAGCCAACUGAAACUGAUAUGUCGAGUACAUGCAGUUCUACUGAUACAUUACAUCAGAAAAAUGCAACAUUUCCUUUCAAACCAACACCAAGUGGAAAUUUAAAAGUGCAAUCUAAUCAAGUAGUAUUUCAGUCAUCAACCGUUGGAGUCCUUCUGGCUGAUCCAACACAAGCAAAGGUAAAAGUGAAAAUUGAAGGAAAUGGCGAAGACUUAAAUAAUGAGUAUAACAAAAUUAUAAAUGCCAAUUACAAGAAUCACCCAGAACCACAUCUGCAAUAUGGCCACAAAACGAAUCCUACUGUGUGUCAUGUUAAAACGGUAAUGGACAGGAAUAUAAAGGAAAAAACUAAAAUACAAGAAGGAUGUAAUCUAUCCAGUCUUGGAUAUGGACAGACCGAACCGGUAGAUUGGACUUGUGUGCAAUUGCCGAAGAAACAGGAUUUGUUUCAGGAGUUCUAUAGAAGGAUUUUGAAUAAUAUAAACACCGAUUGUAUCGUCCAUAUCGGCAAUGAAGAAUUCCAUUGUCAUCGCAUUGUACUUGAAAUUUAUUCGUCAUUAUUUAGCAAGAAUCGUCAGCGGGAAAUUGAAUUACCUAUUAGUAAUCUAAAGCCAACAGCUUUCCAAAUAAUUUACGAGUGGAUGACUGUAAGCGGCUUAGAGAGCAAUAAGCUGUUGAAAAGGGAAAAUGUUCUUGAUUUAUUUUCCGGAAGUCAAUAUUUAGGAAUUAAAGAUUUAGAAGAUCAAUGUUGGGCUUUUAUUGCCAAUGAUAAUAUAUUUAAUGAAGAUUCAGCGUUUGUUUUGUAUAGAGGAGCGAGAGUACAGCAUUUGACUCCCGUAAUGGAACUUAUGGUACCUCGAGUGAAGAGAUUCUUUCUGCCUCUAGUAGCUUCUAGCGAUUUUCUUGAUCUGGAACCAGAGGAACUUAUGACGUUUUUGAAGUCCAACUAUAUCUGUGUUGCGAGUGAAAUAGAGGUUUUGAUGGCUGGUGUGAGGUGGUUGUACGGAGACUGGACCUCUCGAAAGCGGUUCGCAACAGACGUCAUGAGAUGUGUCCGCUUCGGUCUGAUAUCUCCAUGGCAACUUGUGGAUAUUAAACGAAACCCUGACAAUGCAGAGAUACUGGAAAUAGUUAACGAACCAGAUGUUCAGCAAUUGGUUGAUGAUGGUUUAGCUUACGUGAUUAUAAAAUAUUGGUAUGGAAACAAUUCAAAGAAUUAUUAUCAUUGGAUCGAUGUUCUUGGCUUAUCCGAACCAGUUGAGAGGAAUUGGAUAGGGGAGGAAAAGAAUCAUGUGACUUACAAAGAGUUUUUGAAAUAUCUAGAACAGUUUAUGGUGCCAAAGGAACAGAUGUACAAGCAGAUGGCCAUGAUGCAACCACCUCGGAGAAAUGAUGAUGCACCGGGCAGUUUUCGCGGAAAAGAUCAAGACAAAAUGGAAAUGCGCAGACCCAAAAUAGAUUUCCCCACUCCGGCUGUGUUGAUGGGGCUCACUGAUACUGAGAAAUUUCCAACGAUGAGCGAAUUCUUUGGAAACCAAGCGAAGAUACAGAAAAGUCCUACACAGUCCUUUGAUAGAACACCAAUUGAUGUAACAAGAUCUCAUGAAACAAGAAACAGCCCAGAAAUGGAAAGGAAACCGACGCAAUCCAUGAAUGCCAACAACGUGCAUGAACCACCAGAGAAAGACUCGACCGAGGAAUUGGUGUCUUCGACCAGCGAGACAAGUGAGACACCAGGAACAAGCGCAACAGUUACUGAUACAAGACGGGGCAGUCAGAAGCGGCAUAGCGUCGCAGCAUGCUAUUUAGCUGCUGCUACUGCAGCUCUAUCCGGAAACAGGAGAGACUCGCAGUCAGUAGAUCAACGGCCACAGACCAACAAUAUGUCCCGACCUGAUGCCGUUAACCGACUCAAUUCAGUUCAGAUCAUCUCCAGCCCACAGGCGUCACUUUUUAAUCAAUCGAAGGAAUCUCUCGCUAAAGCUAAUAUGAACAAGCUAUCCACAUCCAUAUUAGGCCCGUCAAACAAGAACUAUAUUGUGGAUGGUUCACUUUUCAACUGGGACCGUGAGACAGUUCUUGUAUUUGGUGGAAUUGACCCGCAUACACCAUAUGGCGUGGCCGGAAAUACCGGAAAAGAUAUAUACAGGUUUGAUCCCGUAACAAACGUUUGGGAAAGUGUGGGGGAACUUCCUGAGCCAAGACAUCAUCAUUCUGUGGCCUUUCUUCGAGGGAGAGUAUUCCUAGUCGGUGGUGCAGAUCCUCGUGAAGAUGACUUACGAGGAAAGUCAGUUGUGGUCUCAACUGUGUGGAGCUAUGAGCCCGUGACUCGGUCAUGGUUCAGCGAAUCUGGUCUUGCGAUACCGAGGAAGAAUUUUGGGCUGGUUGUUCAUAAAAUGGCGCUAUACGCUAUUGGAGGGCAGGAUAAAAAGGGCAGAGUAUUAAGAUCAGUGGAAAAGUUUGAUCCAAAGACAGGAUCGUGGAGUGAAGUACGGUCAAUGGGCGUGGCCAGGAUGGCCGUUGCAACUGUCAAGUACAGGGAUUAUAUUUGGGUAGCGGGUGGCAUGACUGGUGAGAAGAAACGACCUGUCUGCAAGAUCGUCGAAUGCUAUAACUAUAAAACUAAUGAGUGGACAGAAAUUCAUAGUUUGCGCUUUCCGAGAUGUUUCGCAACUUUAUUUUCUAUGAACGAUAAGCUGUACAUUAUCGGUGGCGCUGGAAAAAUAUCUGAUAAGGACAAAACACCAAGUAGCGUAGGUGCAAUAGAUGUAUGGGACUGGAAAGAGAGGCAGUGGAAACAAGAGACGGAGAUGUCAAUACCGAGACAUGGCCACGCCCUCGCCUACCUCGGCACGCAGCUGAUUAUAAUCGGGGGUGUAACAACAAUAUACAUGCGAGCGCUUAGCAAUGUCGAGUCGUUUUGCUGUGAACGCGGAGCAUGGAUACGCGGCGUUGCAACCCUUCCCACACCAUUGUCAGGUCAUGGAGCCGUCACUCUGCCACCAGCAUCACUUAUGUGAUGUAAAUUCUCUUUCCCAAAUUCAUAAGUUCAACGUAACGGAAAUGUAUUAUUAUUUAUAUUACUGCUGUCAAACCAAAGACCGAUUCAUAAAAAAUGCACCGUGAUAACUAAAGGGUUUUGUUUCCUUCAGUCAAAUUGUUUAUUAAUUGGGAUAGAAAGAGACAGAGUGUUUCACCUAGUCUAGGUGCUGUUUCGUUUUUAUUAAUGGGGGGAAUAUUUAAAAUUUUCAACAUUCUCAAGUCCUGGACCAUCAGCAACACAUGUGACGUAAAUUAUAAUUGUUACCAAAUUUACAAGUAAAUAGUUCAUCCACUAAACAGCGUUUUCCAGAAUUUUCUUUUUAAAUUUUCAAUAAGAAAAUGCUACAAUUUCAGUCUAUUUAGAGAAAUUAAUCAAUUAUAAAAAAUUGUAUUGAUUUAAAAUUGGUGUGUAUGAAUUGUUUGUGUGACUCAGUAAUAGAUAACUGUUUGUCGAUGUGAUUUUGUUUUUAUGGAUGUAAGUAAAACUUUGAGUUGUCUGUAAUGUACUUUAGAAAAUAAAUGGAACUGAUAAAUUGUAUUUCUGUGAUGUUUUGUGUUAUUAUUAAAAUUUAA